ACGAAAAUAAACAACGGACUUCAAUGAAAGACUAAAAGCAAGUGUUUUGGGCAAAAUGCAAAGUGGGCGAUGAGUGAUUUGGACCCAGUGUUUUUUCGCGCACUGAGCCGACCACCAGGAAGUAGGUCGUUGCAGGAUUUACAAGUGAUUUAUUAUGGUUUGUGUUCGUUAGAAGCGUUACACUCAUAUCGUGAUUCUGAGUUACGUGCUCUUUGUAAAAUUGUGCGUCUUGAAAGGCAUCAAGCAAAUGAUGUCUUAUAUUAUACUGGAGAGUUAUCCACUUGUUGGUAUAUACUGUUGUCCGGUUCGGUGUUCAUAGAUGGCUCUAUGUACCUGCCUCGUUCAAGUUUUGGGAAAAGAUCUGGUGGGAGUGCUCGGCGACCAAAUGAGUGCUUUGUUCUGGAACCAUCUGAGAUGAUUGUGAUUGACUAUGUCGACGAUCAAUCCAGAAAUUUACGUACUCCAAUAAAUUCACAAACACACUUCAUGGAGCACUCACAUCAACCAAGACCAGUCAAUCUCAUGUUUGAGGAUUCUUUUGGCGGUGGAGGCCGUGGAGUUAUUGGCAAUACUAUGGGAUUGUAUCAAAAAUGUAGUCGUGGUUCACAUAGCUCAGAUACAAGCUCAGCAUACAGUGGCUCAGAUACAAUGGCAUCUACACACAGUGAACUUGGUGAAACUGAUGAUGGUCUUUUAGAUCUCACCGGCAUUGUUGAGAGCAUAGUUGAUAGCGAUGAAGAUGAUGAUCUUGCAGAGAGUAUGGAUAGUUUGACAGUACGUGAUACGGUUCGAGAAUGUUUAGAAAAAGAUCCAUCAGAACGAUCAGAAGAGGAUAUCGAAACAUUGUUAGAAUUUACGCAACAUUUAAAAGCAUUUACCAAUAUGACUCUGGCCGUGAGAAGAGCUCUUUGCCAAGUUAUGGUAUUUGCCGUUGUGGAGAAGGCCGGUACAAUUGUGAUGAAUGAUCGUGAAGAAUUGGAUUCAUGGAGUGUUUUAGUGAAUGGUAGUGUAGAAGUUUGUAUAGCUGGUGAACCACCACGAACCUUAGGAUUAGGUGAUUCAUUUGGAAUUCUACCAACAAUGGAAAAAUUAUAUCAUAAGGGUGUUAUGCGUACCAAAUGUGAUGAUUGUCAAUUUGUUUGUAUCACUCAAACUGAUUAUUACAGAAUUCAACAUCAAGGAGAAGAAAAUACAAGGCGACUUGAAGAAAAUGGUCAAGUAGUUUUAGUAACUGAACUACGUGGAACUGUCGAAUCAGGUGUAAAUCAUCGAGGAUACGUUGUUAUACGGGGGACACCAGAACGAUUAAUGUUACAAUUAAUAUUAGAAAAUUCAUUAACGGAUCCUACGUACGUUGAAGAUUUUUUAUUAACGCACAGAACGUUUAUUUCAUCACCAUUACAUGUAGCCAAUAAAUUAUUAAAAUGGUUUGAUGAACCAGAAAUACGAGAUCGAGUCACACGAGUCGUAUUACUAUGGGUCAACAAUCAUUUUACUGAUUUUGAAACAGAUCCAAAUAUGAUUGAAUUCUUAGAGGCAUUUGAACAACGUUUAGAAGAUGAAAAAAUGGCAGAUCAAUUAAGGUUACUAAAUAUAUCAUGUGCUGCAAAAGCACGUAUUCGAAACGUUGUAUUAGCACGGCCGAGUCGUGAUGAGGUUCUAAAUUUUCAAAUAUUAGGUGGUUAUGAUCGAAAUUUUGGUAUAUUCAUAUCGAAAGUUGAUAAACAAUCAAAAGCUGAGAAAUUAGGAUUGAAACGUGGUGAUCAAAUAUUGGAUGUGAAUGGACAAAGUUUUGAACAUGUUAGUCAUGCGAAAGCUUUAGAAAUUCUUAGAGGGACUACGCAUUUAAGUAUAACAGUCAAGUCAAACUUAUUUAACUUUAAGGAAAUGUUAAAUACACCUGAUAAUUCUCCAAGACCUAGAAGUAGAAAAAUUUCAGAAAUAUCACGAUUACAAGCCGAUCCAAGAGCUCGGUUAUCGAGUGUAGAUGCAGCAGGAAUAAUCAUACCAGGAAGUAAUCACGAUAGUCCUUCAAGACCUUCUGUUGUUAUGCACAGCCCACACAAAGAAAAAUCUGUAAAAAGUUUUAUGACACUUGGACCUAAACGUAGAUUACAAAAAGCUUUGAUGAAAAUAAACAUUUUGCCAAAAAAUAUGAUCAACAGCAAUAAUGAUUCAAUGCAAGAUUCUUUAAAUCCAGCACCAUUACCUGGUGCUUUGUAUCAAUCUCAAAGCAAUCCUGAUUUAAUGUCAUUAUGUUACGAUGAUAUCAGAUGUACAGAUUAUCCAGAACAUGUCUUAAAGGUGUACAGACCAGAUCAAAGUUGUAAAUAUUUAUUGAUACAUAAAGAGACUACUGCCCAUGAAGUUGUUAUGUUAGCUUUACAAGAAUUUGGAAUGACAGAACCAAGUUCGAAUUAUUCAUUAUGUGAAGUGAGUGUAAGUGAUGGUCAUGCUAUCAAACAGAAACGACUUCCUGAUCAAUUACAAAAUUUAGCUGAAUUAAUUGGACUUAGCAGUAGAUAUUAUUUAAAAACAAAUGGAAUUACAGAAACUUUAGUACCUGAUGAACUUGCUGCAGAACUUGUACGCGAAUCAGCCGUACAUUUUCUACAGUUGAAUGCUGUUGAAGUUGCCAUUCAAUUAACAUUACAGGAUUUCAGUGUGUUUAGACAAAUUGAAUCAACAGAAUAUAUAGACGAUUUAUUUGAAUUAAACUCCAAAUAUGGCACACCAAUGCUUGGACAAUUUGCAGAAUUAGUAAAUCGUGAAAUGUUUUGGGUGGUAACGGAAGUGUGUAGAGAAUCAAAUGUAGUUCGACGAUCGAAAAUCAUCAAACAAUUUAUAAAAGUUGCAAGGCAAUGCAAAGAGUGUAAAAAUUUCAAUUCAAUGUUCGCAAUAGUAUCUGGAUUAGGACAUGGUGCUGUGUCACGAUUACGACAAACUUGGGAACGUCUUCCAAGCAAAUACCAACGUGCAUUUUUGGAUCUUCAACAAUUGAUGGAUCCAUCUAGAAAUAUGUCAAAGUAUAGGCAACUUGUUAGUUCCGAACAAGCCCAACCACCAAUUAUUCCAUUCUAUCCAGUCGUUAAGAAAGAUCUAACUUUUAUUCAUCUUGGGAACGAUACAAAAGUUGAUGGAUUAAUAAAUUUUGAAAAAUUACGUAUGAUUGCAAAGGAAGUGAGAUCUUUAACAAAUAUGUGUAGCAGUCAAUAUGAUCUAUUAACAAUGUUAGAACUUGGAGGUCAACCACCUAGUUCAGCAAUGGUUGCACUUAAUCAAUUAACUACAAAUAUUGGUACACAUCAGUCAGGUCAAACUACAGUUAAACGACGUAAAAAAUCUGCAGCAGCUCCAAAUCCAAAGAAAAUGUUUGAAGAAUCUCAAAUGGUGCGUCGUGUGAAAGCUUAUUUAAAUAAUAUGCAAGUAAUUAACGACGAAAGCAAACUACAUGCUUUAAGUUUAGAAUGUGAGGGUAAUAAUACAAGUGGAGGGGGCAGUGGCUUUGGUGGUGGUUCGAGCGGUGGAUCUGGUCAACCAUCCAGACGUCGUCAUGCAUCUCCAGCACCGUCAACCGCCAGCAGUACCAGUACAACAAGUGACGAAAGAAAACCUUCUGGAACUAAAUUUGGAGCUGCAUCACCGCAAGCUGUACGAAAAUUAUUAUCUUUAUCAGAACCUGGUAAAACAAGACCACAUCAGCCACCACGACAAGUGAGCGGAGGAUGUCUAGUGUCAGGUGGGGUGAAUGUUUUAACAUCUGGUAUGAUACCACUACCAGGUAGUUUAGCACCACCACAUAUACAAAAUAGUAGAAGACCACCUAGUGCUACAGGCAGUUAUACAGCUGGAUAUAAUCAUGCACCUGGUGCUGGGGGACGAGCAAUGCAUGAGAGAUCACAUUCCGAUACACCAACACCGCUUCCUUCAGUUGCAUUAUCUGCUGAAAGUAGCAGUGUUACAUCUCUUAGUAACCUUCCACUACGGAAAACAUUAACAUCAGGUGAGUUGGCAUGCUACGGAAUUUCAGGCUCGGUGACAUCCUCCGAUUCGGGUCACAGUACGGGCGCUGAUACGCACAGCAAUAGUUCUGCAGAAUCAACCUUACCACUAUCUGCUGCCACUACCACUACUACACACAAUUAUGCACCAACCAUGUCAAAUUACAAAGGUGGUGGAGCUAGUCGAAGACCACCUCCAGCGUAUAGUGUUGCCGCUCAAAUGGCACGAUUACAUCGUCUUGGACGUGCUCAUUCACAUGAAGGAUGUCAUUACCAUACAGACCCGGACACAGAUCAAGAUGACGAAGAAACACAAGUUUCAGCAGUUUAAUCAUCCAGUUGACACACAGUUCCAGUGAUAGUGAUAGUGAUAGUGAUAUAAAUACAUACGUAUUCAAUGAUGUUUUUUAAAUGUACCUACUACCUACCUACUCUCAACUCUGUAUUGUAUGUAAGUUUGUACUCUGUACCUACUACUCUGUAUUGCUUUUAUAGAUAGGCAACCCAACCAACAUUCAUUAUGUUCUAUAAAUUAUCUAUCUAUAUUCUAUAUAAUAUUAAUAUACUGUUUGAUUAAUUUACAUCUUGCAUAGUACAUCUUUCAGGAGUAUGAGAGAGUACGUAUGUAUAUAUUAACCAAUGCGUACAAGAAAGAAGUGUUAUAUGCAGCAGCAGGAGAACCACCAUACAGCUUAAAGGGAACCAGAGCUACAACACUUGCAAGAAACAUAUAACACCUCUUACUUACACGCGUUACUUAACGCAUGUACUCUAUCAUACUCGUGGGAGAUGCCUCUCUCAAGGUGUAAACUAAACAUAGUGUAUAUACCUAGUGUUUAGUUUACAUGAGUAUGACAGAAUACAUGCGUUAAGCAAUGUAUCUAAGAGAUGUUAUAGACAUGUGUUACUUGGAGUUGUAAGACAUACUUUUGCAAUUUCAUAUAACAUCUAUAAUACCUCUUACUUAGAUUCAUUGCUUAAUGCAUGUACUAUGUCAUACUCGUCGUAGACGUCUAUACCUAGAUGUAAACUGAACGAUUAGUAUAUGUAAAUAUGUUAUGCUGAACCAA